AUGCUUCUCUCUUUUAUGUCUUCUCUCUUUAUGUGUGUUCUCUUCUUAUGUGUGCUUCUCUUUUUGUGUGCUUCUCUCUUUUAUGUGUGCUUCUCUCUUUUUAUGUGUGCUUCUCUCUUAUUAUGUGCAAUUCUCUUUUAUGUCUUCUCUAUUUUAUUUCUUUUAUUCUCUUUUAUGUCGUGUGCUUCUCUCUUUUAUAGUGUGCUUCUCUCUUUUAUGUGUUCUCUCUUUUUAUGUGUGCUUCUCUCUUUUAUGUGUGCUUCUCUCUUUUAUGUGUGCUUCUCUCUUAUUUUAUGUGCUUCUCUUUUUAUGUGUGAACUUCUCUUUUAUACGUGUGCUUCUCUCUUUUAUGUGUGCUUCUCUCUUAUAUGUGUGCUUCUCUCUUUUAUGUGUGCUUCUCUCUUUUAUGUGUGCUUCUCUCUUAUACGUGUGCUUCUCUCUUUUAUGUGUGCUUCUCUCUUUUAUGUGUGCUUCUCUCUUUUAUACUUCUCUUUUAUUAUGUGUGAACUUCUCUCUUUUAUGUGUGAUUCUCUCUUUUAUGUGUCUUUCUAUGUCUGUGCUUCUCUUUUAUGUGCUUCUCUCUUUUAUGUUUUUAUGUGCUUCUCUCUUUUAUGUGUGCUUCUCUCUUUUAUUAUGUGCUUCUCUCUUAUACGUGUGCUUCUUUUUUUUUAUGUGUGCUUCUCUCUUUUAUGUGUGAACUUCUCUCUUUUAUGUGUGCUUCUCUCUUUUUAUGUGUGCUUCUCUCUUUUAUGUGUGCUUCUCUCUUAUACGUGUGCUUCUCUCUUUUGCUUUAUUUUAUUCUCUCUUUUAUGUGUGAACUUCUCUCUAUACGUGUGCUUCUCUCUUUUUAUGUGUGCUUCUCUCUUUUAUGUGUGA